CCGCCAUGAUGUUCAGAAGACAACGAGGAGCAACUGAAAAAAGACCGUCGAAAUGGAUUUAAAACAACGCAAAUUAUAGAAUUAGAAAGAGAGAUAAUUUACCGUCGUUUUGAAUAGGAAACCUAAGCUAACUGGUUAUUAAAAGUGUUUAAUGUCCAGUGGCCGUUUUUCCUAACCAGUUAAGUAGUUAGUGUAAAAUAAGGUUUAUAUCUGCGGGGAAAUGUUUUUGUUUUGACUGGUAGGUACCGAGGCCGCAGAUCUCCUUCAUCAUCGUAGGUCACACAAGGAUCAACAGCGUUUCCUGCAAACUCCGAAAAGGAUCGUUUUUGAAGGACUUUUAUUUUAUUUGGACGUUUGAUUACACCCCCCCCCCCCCCUCCUCCCCCCAGACGGAUUGAAGAAGAUUUAUUUUUAUUUUUUAGGACUUUGCGCCGUUUUUUUUUACGGCGGAAGAGCGACGCUUUUCCGGGCCUCGUUAUGGACUCCUAACCGCGACCCCGGUGCCGCGCUGCUUUCCGCAGCUACAAGGCCCGUUGUUUCCGCGAGAGAAGAGAGAGACUCUUACUGACUGUAUUAAUAACCGUGGGGGGAAGAAAAAAAACAAACCCCGUAAUGGACACUUGUGGAACUGUACUUUUUCUUGUUGUUUUACCGGACACUUAAUUAACGAACUGACCGGGUUAUUAAGUCCCGGUCUGUCACUACCUAGUAGUUUGGUGUCUUUGACGCAAACAACUACAAGGACUAUCUGUGAAUACUUCCUCUUAGUUCAUUGCCUGUUUUCCCUUCGAUAAUUAUCUUAUUAUAGAAUAAUCUGGUAGCCCCCCACCUCCACCUUCAGUCUCAGAUCAUAUCUACUACUGGUUAUUUGUUAUUUCUUUAACUAACGUGUUGUUUUCCCCCCCUUUCCUUUGUCUUUUGAGUUUUGAGUUUAAGUGAUUAGUUGUGAGAAUGUCGUGUGUUCAUUAUAAAUUCUCGUCCAAACUGGACUACAACACCGUGACCUUUGACGGGCUGCACAUCACCCUGGCCGAGCUGAAACGGCAGAUUAUGGGCAGAGAGCGCCUCAAAGCCACCGACUGCGACCUGCAGAUCACCAACGCACAGACCCGUGAAGAGUACACUGAUGAUAUAUGCUGUUCCAUGUCUGUGGUGGUUGUUGCAUGUUGUUGUUCUAACCUGUUGUCUAGUCCAUGUCUGUGGUGGUUGUUGACAUGUCGUUGUUGUUUGUUUUGUAGUGACCGUUCUGACAUGGCUGCUGGAUCCUCCAGACCCACCGACUCUUCACCGUCCGUCUCCCUGGCCCAGCUCUCUAAGACUGCCAACCUAGCUGAGGCCAAUGCGUCAGAGGAUGACAAGAUCAGAGCCAUGAUGUCCCAGUCCAGCAGUGAAUAUGACCCCAUACAUUACUCUAAGAAGGCCAUAGGACCGCCUCCUGCACAUUACACCUGCUAUCGCUGUGGCAAGAACGGACACUACAUCAAACACUGCCCCAUGCAGAUGGAUAAGAGCGUAGAGGCUCCUAAGCCAAUCAGGACCAGUAAGGGAAUCCCUCAGAGCUUUAUGGUGAAGGCUGAACCAGGAACGAAAGGAGCCAUGUUGACCAGCACUGGAGAAUAUGCUAUUCCUGCUAUCGACGCGGAGGCCUAUGCUCUGGGUAAGAAGGAGCGUCCCCCUUUCGUUCCUCGUGAAGCGUCAUCGUCUGAAGAUGAGGCUGAUCCAAUCCCUGAUGAGCUGCUCUGCCCCAUCUGUAACGACCUGAUGAAUGAUGCUGUGGUCAUACCCUGCUGUGGUAACUCCUACUGCGACGACUGUAUCAGGACCAGUCUGCUGGACUCAGAAGAACACACCUGUUUCACCUGCAAACAGUCAGACGUCUCACCUGACGCUCUCAUCGCUAACAAGUUCCUACGACAGGCAGUGAAUAACUUUAAGAAUGAGUCUGGUUACACCAAACCAGCACGAAACAAAACCCUGCAGCAGUCUGCCCCGCCCCCAGCACGGCCUCAGCCAUUCAGAACCCUCGGCUCACGCCAGCAGGACCCCCUAUUGGCCAGCACUCGCCAGCAGGACCCCGUAUUGGCCAGCACUCGCCAGCAGGACCCCCUAUUGGCCAGCACCCGCCAGCAGGACCCCCUAUUGGCCAGCACUCGCCAGCAGGACCCCCUAUUGGCCAGCACUCGCCAGCAGGACCCCUAUUGGCCAGCACUCCGCCAGCAGGACCCCCUAUUGGCCAGCACUCGCCAGCAGGACCCCCUAUUGGCCAGCACUCGCCAGCAGGACCCCCUAUUGGCCAGCACCCGCCAGCAGGACCCCCUAUUGGCCAGCACUCGCCAGCAGGACCCCCUAUUGGCCAACGCCUCUCGCCCCCCAGCCUCCCUCACUCCUCCUGUCACCCUGACACAAAGCCUGCCCAUUCAGACCCCACCGAUGGGACCGCCUGAGGUGUCAAUCUCUCCUGACCCCGCCCCUGAACCACACCGGGCGGAGCCACGGCACUUGGCCAAUCACAACGAGCCACCGCCGCCAGGUGAGAUGGAGGCGGGGCCUUACAUGGUGUCAGAGCCACCAAUCAGAUCAGCCGACAGCGGACCUCAGGGAUACCACAUGCCUAUGAUUGGUCACCCUCCACCCAUAAGGCCCUCCCACCCAUCAGGUCCACCUCCACAGCCCUCCCAUUCCCACAGAGGAGGACCCAGACCACCUUGGGACAGACCCUACAGACCUCUUUCUGACCACAUCCCCCCCCCACGCCACACCCUUCCUUCCGCCCCAGGCCCAGCCCCUCACCUCUACCCGGGCCCUAACCUCUACCACCCUCCCCCCAACCCCCACUCCAUCCCGCCCCAGUCCUACCCCCCUCCUUAUUCCACCGGACCCCCUCCCCCUGUUAACUACCCCCCUCAGCCCCUCUACCCACACGGCCAGAUGCCUCCGGGGGUUAAUGCCCCCUGGGUUCCCCCUCCCAAUACCCAGCCCCACUCGCUGGGCCCCCCGCCCCUCCUACCCUCCGGACCCCCCCUCUCCAAGGAGGACUUCUACAGACAGAGGAGACUCCAACAGGAACAGGUAACGUCCAAGCUGGAUGAGUUCACUAAAGACUUUGCCAAAGAGCUGAUGGAAUACAGACCUGCUCCCAAGAGACGGAGACGCUCCUACUCCAGGUCUCGUUCCUACAGUCGUUCUCCGUUCAGCCGUUCCCCCUACUCCCGAUCCCCUCGCUCCCGCUCCAGGUCUUACUCGUACACCCCCAGUCGCUCCCGCUCCCGUUCCAGGUCUUACGGACGCUCCCCCUUCUCCAGACGCAACGGGGGCCGGGGAGGACGCAGCCGCUCCUACGGCCGCUCGCCACGGUCCCGCUCACGCUCCCGUUCCUACGGCUACCGUCGCUCCGGCUCUCCUCGCUCCCCUCCGCCUUACCGAGGUGGUGGUGGUGGUGGGGGGGGCUGGGAAGGAGGAGACGGAGCUGAAGGAGGAGGAGGAGGGGGGUAUCGGCCCAGGUCUCGCUCCCCGGGGGGCUACAGGAGGAGCAGGAGUCCUGGAGGGGUUAGAGGUCACCAUAAGCCCCCUCCUCGAGAGCCGGCUCCUUACGAGCCUAAAGGCGGACCUGACCUGUCUCCCGGCGGCAGGGAGCGCUGGGAGAGAGACAGCUACAGACAGUGGGAGAAAGAGUACAGGGACUGGUACAACAAGUACUACAAAGACUACAGUACCCAGCAUGCCUCGGUGCACCACCGCGGUGGCCGGGGCAGCAGAGAGAGGGACCGCCUCACCCCUCCGCCUAGAGACUACUCCCCCCAGGGGCGGGUGAGGAGGGGUGAGCGAGGGGGACCUCCCGGACCCCACAGAACUCACCACGCCUUGUCCGCUCUGCCCUCUGCCUCCAUCAGAGGGGGCGGAAGUAAGGAACGCACGCAGGGGGGAACCAAAACGUCAGAGGGCGGAACUAAAACUCUGAAAGGGAAGAAACUGAAGAAAAAGAAGAACGGGGAGGAGCCGGAUUCAGCCGACCAAUCGCUGGACAGGGGAGACGCCACACCCGUCAGGGACGAGCCAAUGGACGAUCUCCACACCCUGACCCCUAGCAAAGCCCCACCCACCUCCACCAAGGUCUCGAGCAAUAAGGCAGCGCUGCUGUCCGCUAAAACCCCUCCCACCUCGUCCGGCCAAUCAGAGAAGAGCAGGAAGGAGAAGGUGGGUAAGGUGAAAGUAAAGACGGAGGGAAAGGUGAAAGGAGAGAAGGUUAAGAGAAAGACUGGAGGAGAGGCGACAGUCACAGCCUCUAAGGUCAAAGAGUCUUCAGCCGCUAAACCAAUCAAAGCAUCCAAGGUCAAACCGGACGAGCCAAUCAGGAGAGAGAAGGGGCGGAGCACCCCUACUGUUCGAGGAGGUUUGGCUAAACUCCCCUGCCCCUGCCCCGCCCCCUCCCCCAUCACCCCCACGACCUCCCUAAACACCUGGGCGACGCCCGGGGGGGGAGGAGAGAUCCCAUUCACAGUGUCGGGGUACGCCCCCCUGGUCGCCCCCUCCAGCCUGCACCUCCCUCCCCAGCAGAGAAGAGGAGGAGGGUGGAGGAAAGGGGGAGGGGGAUGGACAGGGGGAUGGGGGGGCCCCCGGCUAAGCUCCGCCGCGCCGAGGGUCCGUAUCCCCAGAGAGGACUUCCUGCCAAGCCUUCCCUCCGUCAAACCCUUCCCCCAGAGGAGAAUAAAACUGAACAGAGACCUGGGGAGGAACAGCAGUAUGGCCCGCCCAGAGGAGAGACCAGCUCCAGCUGCUAAUAUCACCACCACUAUCACCUCUACUGGAGAGAGACCUGCUGGUCCUGAGAGAGGAGGAGCAGAGAGGGACGGAGGGACGGAGAGGGUGGCGGUGAUGGUGGAGCGGAGGUCGUCUGGCGAGAGGUCAGAGGUCAGGUCUGUUAGGUCCGAGAGGCCGUCGUCAGGGGAACGUUUGCCGGAGAGAGGAGGAGGAGGAGGAGGAGGAAGGUCAGUCUCUCUAGACCGCAUGACCAUCGCGGAACGCUCGGCCAUCGCUAAGAAACCUGAUGCCGAGCCAGAGCCAGGGUGCUGUGUCAAAACCCCGGGACCCCAGACCCAGAGGAGACCCAGUCCCGUCCAGUUCCCCAGCCCAGGCAGGGAGAGGAGGGACCGUGGGACCGGAGGAGUCCUCAUCCAGCCUCCACCCCGGUCCAAGUGGGAGAGAGAGGAGGAGGAGGAGGAAGAGGAGCAGCACUCAGCGUCCAGGGAGAAUGGGGCGUUGGCGGUUUCCUCCUCCGUGCCCAGAGACGCUCUGAGGAGAGAAGUCUCACCAGCACCGCCUAGUGGCCAAAGCAGGGAGGUGCAGGGUAGUGUCUCUAAAACAGCCAACACAGAGGGGAGGAGAGGGAGGGAGGAGGGGACUAGAAGGAGGGAGGAAGGCAGAGGGCUUAAAAAGGGGCAGGUGAACUUCAGAAAACCAGCUAAGACCGAAUCCAGAGGAGUGAAGGAGGAAGGAAGAGGAGGGGUAGGGAGGGAGGAGAGUCGAGGGGCGGGACCAGAGCCAAGGCGACAGCGUCUGUGUUCUGACCUGGGUAGAGAGACGGACGAGGCAGCCUUCGUCCCCGACUACAGCGAAGGGGAGGGGUCAGACGGGGAGCGGGGCAGUGGCCUGAGCCAUAGCCCCUCUCACAACACCCAGAGCCCCGCCUCCCAGAGCCCCGGCGGCUCCCCUAGCAACCACAGCGGCUCCACGGCGACGGACAAGAAGAAGAAGAAGAAACACAAGAAACAUAAAAAACACAAGAAGCACAAGAAGCAUUGUGCCGACGUCGAGCCUCCCGUCGAAGGAAGGAAGGAACACAAACACAAGAGCAAGAAGAAGAAGCACAGGAAGACUAAAGAGGAAGAGGGAGGAGGAGGAGGAGGAGGGGAGGCAGAGGAGAAGACUGGGCAGGAGUCAGCCACCAUCUGAGACCCUGCUAGCUCCGUUAGCAUCUAGCUCAUGGUUACAACUGAGACUGCUAGCUCAUGCUAGCUCCGUUAGCAUCUAGCUCAUGGUUACAACCUGAGUUUUUUUUUUCCUAGUUCAUGCUAGCUCUUUUAGCAUCUAGCUAAAGACUACAACUGAGACUGCUAGCUCCGUUAGCAUCUAGCUAAUGGUUACAACCCGAGUUUGCUAGUUUAUGCUAGCUCCGUUAGCAUCUAGCUAAUGGUUACAACCCGAGUUUGCUAGUUUAUGCUAGCUCCGUUAGCAUCUAGCUAAUGGUUACAACCUGAGUUUGCUAGUUUAUGCUAGCUCCGUUAGCAUCUAGCUAAUGGUUACAACCAGAGUUUGCUAGUUUAUGCUAGCUCCGUUAGCAUCUAGCUAAUGGUUACAACCUGAGUUUGCUAGUUUAUGCUAGCUCCGUUAGCAUCUAGCUAAUGGUUACAACCCGAGUUUGCUAGUUUAUGCUAGCUCCGUUAGCAUCUAGCUAAUGGUUACAACCUGAGUUUGCUAGUUUAUGCUAGCUCCGUUAGCAUCUAGCUAAUGGUUACAACCUGAGUUUGCUAGUUUAUGCUAGCUCCGUUAGCAUUUAGCUAAAGGUUAAAACUGGACAAAACCUUCUUGGGGGAUACUUUGUCAAAUUAUUUUAAAUACUUAAGCUGAGCUGGAUAUAGUUUGUUUGUCUAUAAUGGAACCACUGGAAUAAGUGGAGCUCACCUCAGAUAUUUGUAAGUAUUUUCGUGUUAAUGUGAUGCUGUCUCUCUGAUGCAGGUUCUCUGUGAAUGUGUUUUUGUACAAAGAUGAUGCUGCAUUAUAUUCAAUUACCCUGAUAUAUGGCUAUAAGGUGUCUGAAACUCUGAAGUGUCCCAAAUUUAACCCUGUUCACUAUAUAGUACACUACGUAAUGGGCCCUAGUCUUGCAGGACUCUGGUCGAAUGUAGUUCACUAUAAAGGGAUUAGAGGUUAAUUUGGGACACCUCCCUGAUGUAUAGUAGGUUAUAUCAUCAUGUUCAUAUGAACUGAUCUGCAGCCGGGCUAACUGAUCUGAAGUCAGGCUAAGUGAAUGGUGACUAGUGGAAGUUACUGUUAUUAAACUUUGUUUUCCCUUUAAA